AUGUAAAUUAUAGGGAAAAUCAUUAAAACUUAACUUAGAGAAAUGCAAUAAUUGCUGAAAGAAUCAAAGUCAUCCACUUAGAUAAAUUUAAAAAUUUUAUCAUUAUUUUAUGUAGGAAUCAGAUUGAGUAUUUUAUUACCUACUUCUUAAUUUGCUAAUGAAAAUUACAAAGUAUGCAUUUUGUUUUGAUUAUUUACAAGGAUGAAAAAUUUAUCUUAAUAAAAACAUUAAUAAAUUGGUUUACGGUGCUUAGCCCUAUAAAUUCUAUGAAUAACCAUAACAUUAUAAUAAUCUCUGUAAUAUUAAUAAGCAUAUUUCAUUGGAUUUCAACAUUAAUUAUUAUUUUUGGAAAUUUUGAAUCUAAAAUUUUACAUCAUUAUAGCCAGAAGUACUUCACUUAUUUAAACUCUCUUUUAUUAUAUCCUACAUUUAUUCACAUUCAAAAUUUGAAAUAUAUUGGAGAUUUUGAUGAAAUUGUUAUUGUUUCAAUAAUUCCUGUAAUUUUCAAUUCAACUAUUUAAAAUUACAUUCAACGAAACUAUUCCCUUCCUACGAGAAACCCUUUUGUGAAAAGACAUCGAAAUUCAAAUUAUAUGAUCUCAUUGAUUGAAAUGAUUGGAUUGGUUUCAAUAGUGUACUUAUAAGAAUAAUAUUAAUGUGUCAUAUUGAUUUUAAUAUUUUUUGUGCAGCUUUUAGAUGCUUUAUUUGUAAAUCCUUAUCAAUAUUAUGUAAAUCUAUAAUAUUGCUUUUGGAGCAGUCUUUUAUUUUUUGCAUCUCUGUUUAAAAUGAUAGUCUUUUUUUGGAAUGCUUAUUAAUUUUUUUAUUUAGGAAUUUAUCUUAUACCUUUAUUGAGUUUUGUAGUAUAAGAAUAUUUUUAAUUAUAACAAGAUGAUAAUUUAAUUUAGAAUUGUCUCUAAAAGGAAUUACUAUUGCAAAUUGUAGAUAUGUAUUAUUCUGGUAAUGAAAUUAUAAAGAAUAAAAUACUAUAUAUAAUACGUACCAAAUAUAAAAUAAUAAUAAAAGAGAAAUUUGAUAUUGACUUAUAAUUAUAAUAAUGUAUAAUGCAAUUAUUCACUAAAAUAAUAGAGUAAUUAAAUAUGACAGAGAGAUAUUAGGAUGAGGAUUUUUAUAUUUAUAAGAUCCUAUUUUUUUUGUAAACAUGUGAAAAACAGAAUUUGGGAUAUAUAAAAAUGAAAAAAUUUUAAUCAUCUACUAGUUCUUAAUCAUUAUACUUUUAGAUUUUAGCAGAUAAUAUUUAUAAUUCAGUUGUAAAGAAUAGGAAAAGAAGAAAAAUAAAUCAAUUAAAUGAGGAUUCUUAAAAUUCUUUAAGUUUAUCUGAAAUAAGAGCAAGUUAAUUAUUACAUGAAAAAAGCAUGAGUUUUAUUGCUUAAAUAUUAUAAAUGAAACUGAAAUAUUGGGAAAGAUUACAAUAAGGAUAUUAAAAAAUUGAAGAAUUAGCAAAACAAUCAGAAAAUUUAAGUAAUUUACUAAUUAAAUUAAAGAAUUUAGUAUUUUGUGAACUUUAAAUUAAUGUUUUUUCAAUCCAAAAAGAUUUGUUUAAACUUAAUAUUUUAGAUUUAAGAUUAUUGUCUCUAAUAUUCUCAGGAGUUUUGAAUGAUUUUCAUAUAACAUUAGAAAUUGAAUAACGAAUAGAAGAGCUACUAAGUUUUGAAAGAAAUUUACAAAGUAGAAAUAUAUUGAAUACUAACCUAUUAAAUGAUGAGAUGAUUUUAGUAUCUGUGAGUAUGCUAAAGAAUUAAGGAUAGAUAAUGGUCAGCAAUAGAACAAGAAUGUAGAAGUUUUUUUAGUAUCCUACAGAAGAUUCAUUCAUGUAAAUUUAACAUAUAAAUUAAUUAUUACCAAAAUAUUUACAAGAAAAACAUGAUGAAUUUAUGAAUAAUUUUCUUAAAAUUGGAGAAUCUGAUUUAUUUGAUUAAAGUAGAGAUGUAUUUCCUAUAUAUUAAACAGGUUUUUCUUUCAAUUCUACUUUGUAAUUAGUGCAUUCAUAUGAUAAUUUAGAUGAUUAUAUAGUUACUGCUGCAAUAAAACAAGUAAAUGAAAAUACUGAUUUUAUCAUAUUUGAUGAUACAGGAAAGAUUUUAGGGAUUUCUAAAUCAGUUUAAAAUAUUUUAUUGUCAAAUAAUAGGUAAGAAUUUGAUGAUCAAAUUUUAAAAUCUUAUAUAUUUUUUUGGUUUCAUAAUUUAUUUGAUUAAGUUUAAUAAUUUUAAUAGGAAUAGUAAAAUGAUUAAAUAAAUACAUUUAAAAUUAAUUCCCAGAAAACUUUUGUAACUCCAAUUUAAGAUAUUGAUAUUAUAAUUAGGGAACAUGAAACCUAUAAAAAAUCACAUUUGAUAACUUAAACAAGUGCAUUGAAAACUGAAUAAUAAGAAAAUACUUAUUAUUAAAUUUAAUCAUUACCUAAAUAUACAUGCUUUAAGAAAAAUUAUGUAUAAUAGACUCAAGAAUUUGUUUCAAGUUGUUCUUUGAAAGAGAAUUCUAUACAUCCAUAUUAUUAAAUAGUAUACAAUCUAAUUUUAAAUGUAAUGAAAAAUAAAUACCCAUAUUUUUUGAUGUAAAUUACUGAAUAUAGAUAUAAAGAUGUAAAAAAAUAAGGUCUUGAAUUUUCUAAUAGUGCUAUUAGUUCAUUUUAUCAUUCCAAAAAUUUGAAAACAUCUGAUUAAAUAGAGGAUGAAUAUUAAUUAGAUGAUAAUGAAGGUCCUUUAAACUUUGUUAUUAACUAACCUGUUGUCAAUAAGUUAUUAAUAAAUGAUCAGGAUGAUGAUAUUUAUUAAGAAGCUUAAUUGAAUUAAAAUUAACCUUAAUAAAAAUCUAUUGACCCUAGAGAAAGCAAUUUAGUUUCUCCAAGAGGAAAUAGAGAUAUCUUAAUUCAAAAAGAAUAUGAUUAUGAUGAAGAAGAAGAGGAUGGGAGAGAUUAAAAUUCAAAAGUAGGUAAAAGUAGUUCUUAGAAAAAUUAAUAGGCAGAUAUUUUAUAAGUUGUAUUGAGAGAAUAAAAUUUAGAGUAAAAUGAUUUACAUAAAUAAAAUAAAAAAUCUGUUACUAGUGCUACUUCUGAUAAAACACAGAAUUCUGUUUAUAAUUUGAUUAGAAAAUUAACUUAUUCUGAAUAGUUUCAAACUUCAAUUAUCAAAAGUAUAAUAAUUAGUAUUGUUUUGACAUUAAUGAUGAUAAUACUAAUAAUUUCAGAAAUUUAGAUUGCACGGUCUAAUACAGAUUAAUUAAAAUAUGAUAUACCUUUAGUAAGAAUACCUUAGAGAUUCAAUAGACUUUAUUGUACUUUUGUAACAUUAGGUCAAUUGGAUUUAUAAUUAAAUUUAUUAAAUCAAUCUUAUGGUGAUUUUUAUGAAUAUCGUAUUAAAAAUGAAAGUGUUAUUAGAAGAAUAGAAAUGUUGAAUAUGAUGUUGGAUUUAAAAAAUGAGUUUGCAAAAUUGGAGUAAGAAAAUAGAUUACCUAUUGUAGCAGUUAGAAUAAUUAAUGAAUAUUCAUAUUAGGAAUUAAAUGUAACUAUGAUUUAGUUUGAUUCUAUGGUAAAUGAAUAUACAGAGAGAAUCAAUUAAUAUUUAUAAGGUUCUGAUGAAAUUAGAUAUGUAGAGAAGAUUUAAGUUUUGGUUUAGUUUUUGAAGGGUAAUUUAAUAAAUCAAUUAAAUCUCACUAUUAAAUUAGUAGAAGAAAUUGAAAAUGAAUUUUUUAAUUUAAUUGACUAUUUUGAGACAGAAUAUUUUAUAUUUCUAUUAGUGUUACUAUGGAUUAUAUUCUUUAUGUUGAUGUUAUAAUUUAGACAAUGGCAUCAACCAUAUAUAUAUAUGUAGACUGUUUUAUUACUAAUAAGUAGAAUAACAGAGAAAGAUAUUGAAUAUUCUUGUUAAAAAAUAUCAUUUAUUUCAAAUAUGUUAGACAAAGAUUAAUAACUAUGGAAACAUAUUAAUUAUUUUAGAGAGUAUUUCUGGUUCUCUAGAACUAUUACUCAUACUUCAAUUAAAUAUACUUCAAGUUCUGUAUCUUAAUUAAAAUAAACAUCAAAAUCAAAUACUUCUAGAGUCAAAUCAGUGUCCAGAAUUUAAGAAACAAACUUUUCAAUUCUUAAUAUAUACUUAAUGUUAUUUUUCCUAUGGGUUUUAUUGUCUGGAUACAUUCUAUCAACAUUCUUAAUUAUGAAAUAGAAUAUGGAGGAUUCUCAACCUGAAUUAAGAUUGGCUAUGGAAUAUGUUAGAUUCAAAUAAGAUUUAGAUGGUGUUAUGAUAAUUAGUUAAUUACUAAAAAAUCAAUAAAUAUUAAUUGAUGAAACAAUGGCAAGUGGAGUAUUUCAUCUAAAUCCAGAAUUGAGCACUAAAGAUAAAUAUUUUAGUAGAUUAUAUGCUGAAUUACUAAAUUAAUUUGUUAUUCUACAAAAAGAUUCUACUUCAGUUUUCGAACAUAUAUAUAAUGAUAUAGUAGCCUCCAAAAAAAUAAGUUCUGCAAAUAAAGAUUUACUCUUAAAAAUGUAUGAAACAGAUUUGUGUCUCAUUAUACCAUCUUAAUUACCUUUUUGUGAAUAUGAGAAUGGUCAAUUUAAACAUUUCCCUACAUAUCCAUCAGCUCAAGAUAUUGACAAUAAUCGUAUGCUUUAUAAAUAUGGAAUUAAUGGAAUUUUUUAAAAGUAAUAAUCAUUAUUAAGAUUAGUAUAUAAUAAAUUUUUACUACUCAUUAUUCUCUUGAACUUAAUGGUAUAAAAGAUACAAAUUUAAUUCUUGUCAAUUAAUUCCUUCAAUCCCCAGAAUUUAUAUAAGUCAUUCUAUCUUAUACAUUUGAUAUUAGUUUUGCUCUAUUAGAAUUCUAUUAUACAAUUAUCCAAGCUUCUUUAGAUAUCUUAGAAGAUGAUUAUCAAAUGAUUGUUACAUAUGUGGCUUCUUUUGGUUUUGGGGCUUUAAUUACUUUUUAUUUAGUUAUUCUAAUACGAGCAACUACACUAUAGUAGAAAGUAUAAUCUAUUAGAUAAGCAUUAAUAAUAAUUCCUCAUGAAUCCCUUUAAGAUUAAUCAAUAUUAAAUGCAAUAAGAAAGAUUGACAGAACUCUUUGA